GGUUAUUGCAUGCCUUAAUGAAUUAGGUCUUCUUUACAAAUUAACACCACCGGCAGAUUAUUAUGUUGGUUUAAAAGACAAGGACUAUCUUGCUAAGGAACACCCUUUCGAAGCAAAAAAUUAUGAUAUUAAUUAUAACAAACAUAAUAAUACAAUUUUAGUCCCUCACGAUAUCCGCGAAGUAAUUAAACAAUUCAUGCCCUAUGAAUCAUUUUAUUAUGAUCCACCAGUCUCAAAAAUGGUGUUUCGAGAGUUAUAUGUGAAAUAUAUGGGUAAAACUUCGGAUCCUGCAAUAAUUAACCAAGCCCGUGAAAAAACCGAAGAAGUUUUGAAUAUUUAUGAUAAACUUUUAGAAGGAAAAGAAUACUUGAAUUGA